AUGUCACCACCACCCAAAGCACCUCUAGACACCCUAAUCAGCACCCACGACUUCUUCCAGUCCGCCCAACAAACCCUCACACCAAAGACUUGGGCAUUCUACUCCUCAGCCGCCACCGACCUGCACACCAAAUCGCGGAACCACACAGCAUACUCCGAGAUCACGCUCCGUCCACGGAUCCUCGUUAAUGUAAAAGAUGUAGACACAAGCACCACCAUGCUCGGGCAAGAGAUGCGCGUGCCCAUUUUCUGCUCCCCCGCUUCGAUGGCGGGACUCGUGCAUCCGGAGGGAGAAAAGGCGCUGGCGAGGGGGUGUAAGAAGGUUGGUGUGCCGCAGUGUGUUUCGACUAGUGCGUCGUUUUCGAUAAGGGAGAUUCUGGAGAGUGUGGAGGGGAAGGGGGAGUAUGGGGAUUUUGGAGGGGAGGAGUUGCCGGUUUUUUUUCAGCUGUAUGUUGAUAAGGAGAGGCGUAAAAGUGAGGCUUUGUUGAAGCAUGUUGAGGAGUUGGGAUGUAAAGCGGUUUUCGUUACUGUUGAUGCGCCGGUUAUUGGGAAGAGGGAGGCGGAUGAGAGGGUGAGGGCUGAUGAGAGUGUGAGUACGCCUAUGAGUGGACAGAAGGCGAAGAAUGAUGCGAAAGGCGGCUCGCUUGGGAGGAUCAUGGGGAAGUAUAUUGAUGCUAGUUUGUGUUGGGAGGAUAUCCCUUGGUUGAGGAAAGCUACGAAGUUACCUAUUGUUUUGAAGGGAGUUCAGACUGCCAUGGAUGCGAAGAAGGCGGUUGAGUAUGGUGUUGAGGGGAUUAUUCUGAGUAACCAUGGAGGAAGGAGUUUGGAUACGGCGCCGGCGACGAUUUUGGUUUUGCUGGAGUUGCAGAAAUGCUGUCCAGAAGUAUUUGACAAGAUAGAUGUUUUUGUCGAUGGGGGCAUUAUGAGGGGGACGGAUAUUUUCAAGGCAUUGUGUUUAGGGGCGAAGAGUGUGGGGAUUGGGAGGGGGUUUUUAUAUGGUCUUAAUUAUGGGCAGGAGGGUGUGGAGAAGUUUGUUGAGAGUAAGUCUUCCUCUCCAAAGCGAGUUUGAUGGUUAUACUGAUUUUGUUCUGUUUUCAGUUUUGAAAGAUGAACUGGAAACCACGAUGAGGAUGAUGGGUGUUACUGAUCUUUCUCAGGUCCAUCCUGGGUUGCUGAAUACUAGAGCUGUGGACCAUCUAAUUCCUGAUGGAGAGGAACAUCCUUAUGCUAAAUGGAGACCCAAAGCUAGGAUAUGA